CCUCCUCCUCCUCCUCCCCCUCCUCCCCCUCCCGGUGGCAAUGCCGCGCGGCCGCAGCCCCGCGGCGGCCUCCGGCGACGCCGCCGGGGCCGGCCGCCAGCAGCUGCCGACGGGGCGCGCGUCCUCGGGCAUGCUGCGGGUGCCGUCGGCCUCCAGCGUGCUGUCGUCGCUGCACGAGGAGCCAGGAAUCCAAGUGGGAGGCGGAGGGCGGCUGGCGGCCCGUCUCCCGGGAGCGGCAGCAGCUGCACCGCAUGGAACGCGACGGCAGCAUGGUCUCGCUGCUGAAUUUGUUGGACCCCGGCUCCCUCGCCGACGCGGCGCCGGCGCGGGCGCUCCCACAGAGCCGCAGACGCCGGGGAGCCCGGGGCGCUGCGAGCAGCACUCCGCCCUCUCGCUCCGCGGCCUGGCGCUGGUCGGGGCGCUGUCGGCGUGCGGCUGGUACGGGCUGCGGCUGGUGCUGCGCGACUACAUCGGGGGCCGGCGAGGCGGACGCCGCGAGCUGGCCCUGGAGCUGCACGCGCUGAGCACCAUGCACGCGCUGGGCUGGCUGGCCUUCAUCCUGAGCAAGCUCCGCGGCCCUUCGGAGGAGCUGCCGCGCUACUGCUCGCGGGCGCUGGUGGCCUCGCUGGGCUUCUACCUGCACGACUGCUGGGAGAGCUUCGCGGGACGCUGCUGGCGAACCCGCAGAUGUUGCUGCACCAGGCGUCGAUCGCCGCCACCAUCGCUGCGAUCCUGCGCUCCAAGGGCGUGGCCUGGCUGGGGGUGCCGCUGAUGAGCCUCUCGGUGCCUACGCUGGCACAGGAGCUGCUCCUGCUGUCGGCCACGGCCGGGGUGCCGGCCAGCCGGCCGGAGGUG